AUGCAUUCCUCUUCAUUUCUUACCGCUCUCGCGCUGGGAACGGGAGCUUCUGCUUACCAGCUCCCCCAAAAUCUGAAAUCCAUAUACGAUAACCACAAGGCCGGCUCAUGUUCCAACCGCCUUUCUGACAGGUUUCCCGAGGGCGCUAGAUACUGCGGCGAUAUCUCAGGAGCUAUCUUCCUGAAGGGCUCCAACGGGAACUACGACAAUAUGGAUAUUGACUGUGACGGAGCGAAUAACCAUGCAGGUGCUUGCUCGAAUGAUCCAUCCGGACAGGGCGAGACUGCCUUCAAGGACACUGUCAAGAAGUACGGCAUCCCGGACUUGGAUGCUAAUGUACAUCCAUACGUGGUGUUCGGCAACGAUGGGGCCUCGCCAUCCUUCGAUCCUCAGCAGCAUGGUAUCAAGCCGCUGAGUGUCAUGGCCGUGCAUUACGGUAUCUGGGGUGAUACCAACGGAGGUACUUCCACUGGCGAAGCCUCGAUUUCUCUUGCUGAGCUUUGCUUCCCUAACCAGGGCCUCAAUGGAGACAAUGGACAUAGCGAGAAGGAUGUUCUAUAUAUUGCUUUCAAGGGCGAUGAGGCUGUUCCUGGAAAGAAUGGUGCUGAUUGGAAGGCUACGAGCCGUGCGGAUUUCUCCAAGAGUAUAAGGGCUUUAGGAGACAAGCUGGUUGCUAAGCUGCAGGGCUAG